GAAAAGAAGAAAAGCAGCGAGAAGCACGCAGUAGCUACACAGUGUAUGUUGAGUAUUCUUCUUCUUUCUCCUUGUUUACUCUUUCUUUCAUCAUGCCUUGUGCAGUUGUUUCAUUCAUUUCUGGUUUGAUUUGAUCAUCUCAUUUUGUUUGAAAACCUAAUUAGAGCUACCGCAAUUAUUAAAUCCACUAGUGGUGUGUAUUUGUUGUUGGUGAUUGCUAUGGGAUACUUGAAUUCUGUUGUGCCAUCGGCUAGCCAGGUUCCUGGUCAAUCUGAUUCUCCUGUUUCCGGUGGCGGUCUCAGUCAAAAUGGAAAGUUUAGCUAUGGUUAUGCAAGCUCGCCUGGGAAGCGAUCUUCCAUGGAGGAUUUUUAUGAGACAAGGAUAGAUGGUGUUAACGGAGAGAUAAUUGGUCUGUUCGGAGUUUUUGAUGGUCAUGGUGGUGCUCGUGCUGCAGAAUAUGUUAAAGAAAAUCUCUUUAAUUAUCUCAUCAGUCAUCCAAAAUUUAUAUCUGAUACAAAAUUGGCAAUAGCGGAUGCAUAUAACCAUACAGACUCCGAGUUUCUAAAAUCAGAAAAUAAUCAACACAGAGAUGCUGGAUCCACAGCUUCCACAGCAAUCCUUGUCGGUGAUCGCUUACUUGUAGCAAAUGUUGGGGAUUCCAGAGCUGUAAUCAGCAGGGGUGGCAAUGCUAUUGCUGUAUCUCGUGACCACAAGCCAGACCAAACAGAUGAGCGCCAACGGAUUGAAGAUGCUGGAGGAUUUGUUAUGUGGGCAGGAACUUGGAGAGUGGGAGGCGUGCUUGCUGUUUCUCGUGCUUUUGGUGAUAGACUGUUGAAGCAGUAUGUUGUUGCUGAUCCUGAAAUUCAGGAAGAGAAGGUUGAUAGCUCACUUGAAUUUCUUAUCCUCGCUAGUGAUGGGCUAUGGGAUGUUGUCACAAACGAGGAAGCUGUUGGGAUGGUCAAGCCAAUUCAGGAUCCGGAAGAGGCAGCAAAAAGAUUAAUGCAAGAAGCUUACCAGAGGGGCAGUGCUGAUAAUAUUACUACUGUUGUUGUUCGAUUUCUGGAAGAUCAAGUUGGAACCUCUAUCAGCGGCUCUGGUUAGGUUAAUUUCUAUUAGAAUAUUUAGACUUUCUCAACACAGAUGGAUGAAUGAAAAACCCCUGAAGACGAGUUUAGUGUGUUUUAAGUAUUGGAAACAUUAGUUGCGUCAAAUAUAGGUUAUGUACCUUCAAACACCGGAAGUGGUUUCUUACCUUAGAAAUUUGCAUCUUGCUGCUGGUAUGUUCUUUA